UAGACAUACUUAGUUACUCUAUGUAAAUCAUUCAAUUUUUAGGUCACCAGUAACACGAGGAACAAAACUAGUACAUUGUUGAGGAUGGCUAUAACUUGUGCUAUCUACCAGCAAACUACUAAUAUUAGUGUUUGAAUCACGCAUCAACAUCCUCCAGCAAGUCAAUGGUAUAAUUAAGAAAACGAGAAACAUAAAUUUGCCUUUAAUUGUUUGAGAAUAAAAUCCAAAGAGUUUGUAUGGCAUAUGUGUGUUCCUUUAACUGGGACACUAUCAAAAUAAACAUAAAUAGAUACUGUAUAAAAGCAGCAUAAUAAAAAAUGACAAACGCCAAAUUGAAUCAUAUAUUCUAAUAUUUAAAAAUUGUUUUAUUACAAAACGUAUUCUUUAGUUAUUUAAUGGAGGUAGGAGGGUUAGUGGAUGUUGGAGCCGGGUUGGAUGAAAGUCUCUGGGCUCCAAAUGGAAUAUUUCUCUGAGCAAUAGGGGUUGCUAAAAAUAGCUGACAGAGCACCAAGGGCAAUUACAUGUACGAAAAAAACACUGUUCUCUGAUGUCAAGAACUCAUUUCAACAGUGAAUGUGGCCUUGUGACACCAAUGAAAGUUUUAUAACUUGUCAUAAUGUGGAACACAUAAUCCUCCACCCGUCAUCUUUCUCUCUCAUGUCUGGUCUGGUCAGGUUCAACAUGACAGGACGAGGCGAAAUCUUCAGUAGUGAUUGACAGUUCAAAGGCUGCAAGUAUAGUUAGUAGUCACUUAUGUUUCUUUAUACUAUCUUUAUAUCUGUCAGCUCAAAGUGAUGGUCGAAAUGUGGUUGUUGAUGCAAGAGUUUAUUACUACUGGGAUAUUUUUAGUUAAAAAUCACGACUCCGGUAUCUUCUUGCUGUGUGUAGAAACACAUUCUCGAUGCAAAUGCAAUUAUAGUUGCAUACUUUAUGUUUCUAAUGGCAUCUUAAAACUGCAUCCAAUGAUUAUUUUUUGGCCACUUGAGGGCAGCAAAACAAGCAAACACUACCCUGAUACAAUAUCACCUUCGGGACUGUUCGUUAUUUAUUUCAGGGGCCACCGGAGGAGUUUUGGGACCUUUGGUCAAUAUAGACAUGACCCUCCCCUCGCCAGUUCUAAUUUUUCUAUCACCCUCCAAAACGAUAUGGAAUGCCACAUACUGUAUGUACAGGGAGGAAAUUAUUCAUGUUGACUUGUGGAUACGAUGGGACAUGACAACAUGAAAGGAAACAUCUACUGUAAGUCUGUACUCAAUUCUUCGAGCACCUUUGGCACUAAUUAGAGAUUACAUUUUUUGACAAUUUUCAUAACUGUAUUCUCCCCCCAUCCCUCCUGCGUGUUUUGCUCACAUUCAGUCAAUCGUGACAUAUUGUCACACUAGCUGCAACCAUAAAACAGCAUACAGAUAAAGAUAAAGAAAGCUUGUAUAGAAAACGCAAACAUCUAGCAAGCUAAUGACCACAUUUCUUUUAGUGAAUAUUGAACUUUUUGUUGUUUCAUGUCUGCUAGAUUUGUAACGAGGCAAUGCUUCCGCCCUCUAGUGGUCACAAAUCUUUAAAAGAAAAGUCUAACGGAUAAGCUUUUGGUUAUUGCUCUAGGCCUGGGGCUGAUCAACAAUAAUAAUAAAAAAAACAACAACAUAAAAACCAUGUCUCUCCAAAGCGUCACAUUUUCCUGAGCUAAUAAAAACAACCCUGAUAUCAGCUUUGUGAUAGUUAUCCUUUUUAGAUAAUCCAAUAGGUAUAUGGUUUAUUUAGUUUAAGAGGUAGGAGAUAUUUCUAAACUCACAAAGGAACACGUUAUCCUUUAUGUUUUAAAGUUUCUGGAAAAUUCAUCCUCACCAGAUUUGGAGAUUCAUGGUUUUUACUGGACAUCGAUGAUAUGUAAGAUAAGAGCUACACGAUGUCGAUCACUAUUAAUAUGUAUGUAUUGUACAAUGCUAUGACCAGACUAUAUACACAUUUUUACAGUAAUUAGCAAACAUAUCUUACAAAUUUACAUUUUAAAAUCCACACUCAUCUAUAAUAAUAUCAGAAGAAAAUACCAGAUAAUGAUUUUCUCAAAUAUCACAAAACGUAACAACAGCCUUUAUGAACAGCAAACAACAGCUGAAGUCAUUUAAAAUGAUCAGACUCAUAUUUGCUUCCGACCUGCUGUAAUCUAGAAAAUGAGAACAGAUAUGGAAACAUGGAAACUCCUACAGUUGGGAAAGGCUUAGGUAAUGGAAAAGCAACCUUGGGCAUGCAACUGGUUGUGACGAUCCUGUCGGCCUCAUUGCUCCUGGCAAAUCUGUGGAGCCUGACAUCAUAAACAUGUCAUUUCAUAGAGAGGACAUCUGUUAUCUAUCUUCUAAGAAGUAGUGAAAUUGUCAUGUCCUGCAUAACAGCUGGUGUAUGAUGAAGCAUCAGUAAACACAUUUGGCUUGAUACACCUGCAGAUAGUUUUUUUUUAUCAAGUAUUUGGAAAAAAGAAUGAGGGGGAUUCACGUCUGUUCUUUCCUUGAAACCUCUCUCAGUAAACUGACGGAUUCUUUUUCCCUCUGGACUUCCUUCAUCACCCUUCACUGUUUUCCUCAUUAGCAUGUUUUUAUUCCCCUCAAAUGCACUUUCCACUUCCUUUGCCAACAAGUAUUGUAGCCUGUUACUAUUCAGCACGCAGCACUCAUUCUGGACUCACAACGAGAGCAGAUAAAACAGGAAUUAUUUGGAGACCUAGCACUGAUUUGAGCUGAACAAUUUCAAAGCAAAUAAAUAAUACUACUGUAAGCUAGUGCUACUUUGUUAGGACGUCUUUGGAAGUUUAUUGCAGUGAGAUUGGCAGCCAACAUGCCCAAGUCAACUAUUCUGGAUCCCAAACUGUACUACCUCCUCCUAAAUCUCUGUUUUAGUGUAACAGCUUGGCCACAUGGGGACAACUGCCCAAGCUCUGAGUGGAGCGUCAUGUGCCGUCCAUGUUGUGAGUACCACCUGAUCCAGUGUCGGUGUCCCUCAAAAGGGUCAAAGGUCGGCUACACUGUUCCCUGCUGCCGCAAUGUUCUGGAUCAGUGUGACCCCUGUAUCAUUCACCCAGGAUGCAGUCUGUUUGAGAACUGUAAAACCUGCCACAAUGGAACGUGGAAAGCCAAUGACGACUUCUUCGUCAAAGGAAAGUAUUGUACAGAGUGUCGCCAAGGCUGGAGUGGAGGGGACUGUAGAAUAUGCGGAGGCGUCAUUCAGCGGGCCCAGGGUGUCAUAGCCAUGGAGAGUUACCCGACAAACGCCCGGUGUGAAUGGACAGUGCAAGUGGAGAGGGACAGCACCAUCGAGCUGAGGUUUUCGCUGCUCAGUCUGGAGUCUGACCAUAACUGUCGUUCUGACUAUGUUGAGGUGCGCGACGGCAGCGACCUGAGCUCCCCUGUGAUUGGCCGGUUUUGCGGGGAUCAGCUGCCCUCUCCGAUAAAAAGCUCUGGGAACCUCUUGCACAUCCUGUUCACCUCAGAUGGCUACAGCAACUUUGACGGCUUUGUUCUUACUUUUCAGGAAAGUUCAGCCAUCAAGAAUCCAGUGUGUGCACCUCCAGAACAACCGGUGAAUGGAUAUUUGCUGCCUGUAUAUGGACCAAAGCAGGAGCUUGUAUCUGCAAACUACCGGUGCCAUCCACCUUUUACACUGAUCGGCUCCCAGCAGAGGAUUUGCCUGCCUAAUAGCACGUGGAGUGGCACAGUUCCCACAUGUAUUAAAGGCCAAACAAGCAGAGGCCGGUGUUCCCCUCCACCCAAAUUGCUCAAUGGCUACCACAGACCUGCUCCUGACACAGCUGGGGGUGCAAAUGCCAUUGAGUUUUUCUGUAAAAAUUCCUUCAUUCUGAGUGGAAACCAUCAGAUUACCUGCCUCUCUAAUGGAUCCUGGAGUAGCAAGCCGCCCCAGUGUGUGAGAGCAUGUCGAGAGCCCAGCGUUUCUGGACUUGUCCGACAAAUUGUUCUGAAGCCCCAUCUGAUAUUAAGAGAGAAUCCAGAUCAAAGAAACCAUCUCUCAUCCAGGUACAACAUGCAAGAUUUGUUGUCAGCUGGUUUUAUUCCACUCAUAUUGGAUAAACAGUCAAACAAAGACAACACCGCCUUUGUGGAGCUUCCUCGUGGCCUCCACCCAGUCCACACAAGCAUUGAGUACAAGUGUGCUUCCCCGCUCUACCGCCACACAGGAAGUUCCCAACGCACCUGUCUGAAGUCUGGCAGGUGGAGUGGACGCCAUGUUUCCUGCUCACCAGUUUGUGGCAAAUUAGACACUUCCAGUCGACACAACCUCACAGACACACUGUGGCCUUGGCAUGCAGCCGUCUAUAUCCGGUCACCUCCUGAUCAUACUGCCAGCACCCACAGGCCCCGUGGAGUAACCAUGUCUAUCCAGCAGGGGGCCUCAGAGGAAUCCACAUUCUGGUACCUUGCCUGCAGCGGGGCUCUGCUCACCCAGCGUGGUGUCCUGGUGGCAGCUCAGUGUGUGGUAGACAAGGACAAGCAGCAGACCCUUCACCCAGCACAUGUGAAGGUUGUCAUAGGCAUGCAGUACCAGACAUCUAAGAACCGGCUGAAAAGGCUGCACCACCACAGGGUUUCAGACAUUUUAGUCCAUCCAGAUUUUUACUCUGCCCCCGACUCCAAUGUGGCUGUGCUCAAGCUAAAAGACAAGGUCAAGAUCAGUGAGCAUGUGUUUCCAGUGUGUCUACCCAAAGUGCAAGGUGGAGAGGUGACCGCACAGGAGGCUUACACUGCAAGGUGGAUUUUACCAAACGAUCACAGGCACCUGAGCCACUACACUCCCCCGAGCCAGACGAGACUUGUUGAGCUGGGUGAUGUCGUUCAGUGCGAAAGAGAAUUUGCUCAAGGAGGAGCGCAUACCACAGUGAUCAGUGACAAUACACUGUGUGUCAUUAGGAAGCCGUCCAGUCCUCAAAGCCCUUGUCCUAAUGUGAUUCCAGGGAUCACAACCAUGCCAGCUGUGUUUGUUUCCACAAGUGGUGCCUUGUUGGGUCACGAGGAGACUCAGGGAGCCUCCAGCACAGGCUGGCAGCUUCUUGGUUUAGAGAGCUUCAGCUAUAUGGAAGAGAACUGCCACCAACAGACUUACACAGUUCAGACACGAAUAGCCAACUUCCGAGACUGGAUAGAGAAAAACAUGCAGUAGAUUUUUUUCUUCUUCAAUAUAUCAUGAGAAGGUGAUUUUCUCAGCUUAAAUCUGAAAUUCAUUUAUUUCAUUUAUUUUUUUUAAAUCUCUCAGUGGAAAUGGUGGAGAUGGAGCAGAUAGUAAUAACACAACAUUUGCGGUGAUAAUUCUGUACCUGCUGUCUUUGUUAAUAUCAUGUAAGAACUGUUUUCCUGGCUCUACUUGGAUCUCGUAUGUGUGCAUGUUAUUGUUCUGUAUUUGGGCUCCUCCACUUCAAACAACUCAACGUGAGCUGGUUAAGAAAUACACCCACAUACUCAUGAUCUUUGAAUGUUACCUUAUCAUAUUUGUGAGGUGUAUUUUUCACAAUCUUGAAGAUAAAGACUGCUCUAUGAAAAAAAAAAAAUAAAGAAAAUCCACCAGAUGCCAUUUUGAGUCUUUGAUGAAGUGCAAUCAACCCAGCUAGAACAAUUUGAAAUUGAGUUAAUGAUGUUAUCGCUGGCAAGAAAGAAUUCUAUAUGUCUAGAUCCAAGCU